UUAUCAUGUUCAUAAAGUCCAAUGACCAUAUCGAUGAGAUAGAAAGAGAAGGAACCAAAUCACACCAUCUCUAAAUUCCCUACCCCAAUUUCUAGUAGUGCUCCUUUUCUCACCCACACCCCAAAAUCCAAACAUAGUACUCCCAUAAUUUUCCCUAUAUAAGACCCAAACAUCCACUCCAAAAACAUGAUUUCCCCCAACAUUAUCACCACUAAAAAUAUUUCAUAUUCCAACUCAUCAUCCUAAACAAAAUUAAUCACCAAAUUAUGGCAGAUAGCCCAAGCAAGAGCAAAAGUAACUCCCUCAUCCAUCACUCCACAACCAAAAAGGGUGGUUGGAAUGCUGCCAUCUUCAUCAUAUUUGUGGAAUUUGCUGAGAGAUUUGCAUACCAAGGUUUGGCAUCAAAUCUCAUAAACUACCUCACAAAAUUUCUGAAUGAACCAACAACCACAGCAGUGAAAAACGUGAACACAUGGGUUGGUGUCUCCUCACUAUUCCCUUUGCUUGGUGGCUUCAUAGCUGAUUCUUAUCUUGGUCGAUUCAACACCAUACUCUUGUCUUCACUCAUUUAUCUUGUGGGCAUGAUUUUCUUGACACUUUCAGUGUCGGCACUUAGACACAAGACACUUUUCUUCUUUGCACUUUAUGUGCUUUCCAUUGGUGAAGGAGGUCAUAAGCCUUGUGUUCAAACUUUCGCCGCCGAUCAGUUCGACGACGACACGCCCGAAGAGAAGGAUGCUAAGAGUUCAUUUUUCAAUUGGUGGUACUUGGGCAUUGUGGCUGGUUCAACUGCUGCUGUGUUUAUACCAAUAUAUCUUCAGGACAAUGUUGGGUGGGGUGUGGGGUUGGGAGUAUUGGCAGGAGUGUUGGCAUUGGCAUUGGCACUCUUCCUAUUGGGAAUCAAAAGGUACAGAAAGGAAGGCCCUACAGGGAGUCCAUUUACAAGACUGGCCCAAGUUUCUGUCGCCGCGGCUCGCAAGUGGCGCGUGCAAGACACUCUCCUUCAUAGUAACAAUUUUUGCCAUAGUGAAGAGGAGAAAGAUGAGCCUCAUCAUGUUCAUGUUCGACCUAAAUAUCAUACUUUGCUCCAUACAAAUCAGUAUAGAUGUUUGGACAAAGCAGCAAUAAUUGAUGAAGUUGAUUCCUUAAACAAAACAAGAAAUCCAUGGAGAUUAUGUUCAGUGACUCAAGUUGAAGAAGUGAAGCUAGUCGUUCGCCUAAUCCCUAUAUGGCUAAGUUGUAUAAUGUUCACUGUUGUUCAAGCUCAACUACACACAUAUUUCCUUAAACAAGGUGGCACAUUAAUCCAUACCUUAGGAUCAAAAUUUCAAUUCCCUCCGGCGUCACUUCAAGGCCUCGUUGGAGUCACGAUCCUUUUCGUUGUUCCAAUAUACGACCGAGUCUUCGUGCCACUUGCUAGAAAAUUCACCGGUCACCCAAAUGGGAUAACCGUGUUGCAAAGAAUCGGAUUUGGUUUAUUUUUAUCUAUACUCACAAUGGUUGUUUCGGCUCUUGUUGAAACGAAAAGGAUUAAUGUUGCUAAAAAGCACGGUCUAAUAGACGAUCAAAGUGCAAUACUACCGAUGCAUAUUUGGUGGUUACUUCCUCAAUUUAUGAUCACCGGCAUCUCUGAUGCGUUUACUAUCGUUGGAUUACAAGAAAUUUUUUACGAUCAAAUGCCGGACGGAUUGAGAAGUUUGGGAGCGGCGGCGUAUAUAAGUAUAGUAGGAGUUGGAAGCUUUGUUAGUAACAUUAUAAUUGAAGUUAUUGAGGCAAUUAGUUCAAAAGCUGGUGAGAAAUGGUUGGGAGAUAACAUCAAUAGGGCACACCUUGAUGAUUAUUAUUGGGUUAUGGCUGUGUUAAGUGCUAUUAAUUUGGGUGUUUAUAUAUGGAUUGCAAAGCGUUUUGAGUAUAAAAAGGUAGAUGGGGAUGAAAGAAGUAACCAAGAGGGUUCUGGCUACAAUAAAUAUCGUUCUGGAGUGUAGGAAAACAAGGCAAGAAAAAAACCUUUGCCAUAGAUAAUGCUACUAUGAUUUUCAAAUGUGUAUGUACUUCUAGAUUUGUUGUAUAAUAACAAUAAUCAUUAAUCUAGUUGCAUCUUUGUUUCAUAUUCCAUGUUUUUAAGAACAUGAUUAUUACUUUGGAAAUUUUUGUUUGAAAUUUGGAGGAAAUAUAUAUUAUGGAAAA